CGUUUCGUAAUCCUUCCCUCUGUUUUUAAAACUCUCCGAUUAUUCCUUCUCAAGAUUUUGAGAUUUUCAAGCGUAAUUUCGACGAUUGGCGGUUGGAAUCUAGUUUCUGAUUGACUUCCGAGAUGGUGAGUUAUGUUACUGAGAAAGAUGUGGAGAGAAUUCUGUCGAUUGAGGUCGCAAAGCUGGCAAUCGACGAUUUUGAAGGAGAAGACGGCGCUACAAACUGCAAAUUACCGGCUGGUAUGGAGGUGGCCAGAGUUGAGGAGACAGAAUGCAAGACUCCGACAGCUAAAGAGGCGAGGAUACCGGAAACGCUCACGUGCCCGCCUGCGCCGAGGAAGCGCAAGCUGUUUGGCGACGGGAGUGAACCUGAGAAAAUAACGGAUGUGAAGGAGAAGCUCUUGGCUGUUCCAGAAUCAACACUGUUUGGUAGCUGACCUUGAAAUGAUUACUGACGGAGGUUGAGGGACAAUAGGGAGGCCAUGUUGAGGCUGUAAAAGUAAAGUAGUCUGCGGCAGCAUGUUUGUACUCCGGGAAGAGGGAGAAAGAAAACGUUUGGAGAAUCAAGGCAACCACAGUUUUUGGCUUCCAACAUUGCAGAGUUCUGUCCAAUACAAGCCCUUGGGCCAGUGGAAAAGGCAAGCAGAGCAUUUGGGUCUUUUGCUGCAUUAGAUGUGCCAUUCAUGAAUUUCAAAGGAUUGAACUCAUUUGCGUCCUCUUCACAAUACUCUUUGCUUGUCUGAAUUUUGACAAGCGGCUUGACUAAAUAUGUAUGCUUUGGAAUCAUUAAAUUCCCCAGUGUCAU